AUGGUUCUAAAGUCUACUUCUGCCAGUGAUAUCUCAGUGUAUCAAGUUUCAGGGACAAAUGUCUCGAGAUCCCUUCCAGAUUGGAUAGCGAAAAGGCGUAAGAGAACUUUGAAGAACGAUCUCGAGUAUCAGAAUCGUGUGGAAUUGGUACAGGAUUUUGAAUUUAGUGAAGCCUCUAACAGAAUAAAAGUCACCAAAGAUGGUCAAUCUGCGAUGGCUACCGGUACCUAUAAACCACAGAUACAUUUAUAUGAUUUUGCCAACCUUUCUUUAAAAUUUGAAAGGCAUACAGAUGCUGAAAAUGUGGAUUUUCUUUUCCUUUCAGAUGAUUGGACCAAAAGUGUACAUUUACAAAACGAUAGAAGUAUUCAAUUUCAAAAUAAAGGUGGACUACACUACACUACACGUAUUCCCAAAUUUGGUAGAAGCUUAGCUUAUAAUCCUUUAAAUUGUGAUUUGUACGUGGGGAGUAGUAGUGAUGAAUUGUACAGAUUGAACUUGGAACAAGGUAGAUUUUUGAAUCCUUUUAAAUUAGAGACAGAGGGUGUUAAUCAUGUUUCCACAUGUGAGACUAAUGGGUUACUUGCCGUUGGUAUGGAAAAUAAUGUCGUUGAAUUUUGGGAUCCUAGAUCUCGUUCACGUAUUUGUAAUUUAGUUUUGGGAAACCAAUUGGACAAUUCACCCUUUGAAGUUACUACAACUAGUUUCCGUCAAGAUGGAUUAAAUUUUGCGUGCGGUACUUCUAAUGGUUAUACCUACUUGUACGAUCUGCGGUCUUCGGAACCUUAUGCUGUGAAAGAUCAAGGUUAUGGAUUUCCACUUAAAAAGAUCAUAUGGCUAGACAAUGUCGACACAGAAAAUAAAAUUAUGACAUCAGAUAAAAGAAUUGCUAAAAUUUGGGAUAGAGUGACUGGUAAGCCAUAUGCAUCUAUGGAACCUAAUGUAGAUAUUAACGAUGUGGAACACGUUCCUGGUACAGGUAUGUUUUUCACUGCCAACGAAGGUAUACCGAUGCACACGUACUACAUUCCUCAUUUGGGUCCUUCUCCACGUUGGUGCUCUUUCUUAGACUCUAUCACUGAAGAAUUGGAAGAAAAACCAAGUGAAACCGUUUAUUCCAACUACAGAUUCAUCACUAGGGAUGAUAUGAAGAAAUUGAAUCUAAGCCAUUUAAUUGGAUCAAACGUGCUAAGAGCUUACAUGCAUGGUUAUUUCAUCAAUAACGAACUCUAUGAUAAAGUUGCAUUGCUGGCCAAUCCCAACGCUUACAGAGAUGAAAGAGAAAGAGAAAUUAGACGUCGUAUUGAAAAGGAAAGAGAAUCAAGAAUUAGAACUACAGGUGCUGUUAAGAAACCUAAGGUCAAAGUUAACAAAGAAUUGGUUGAUAAACUAUCUCAAAAGCGUGGUGAUACCGCUACUGAAAAGGUGUUGGCUGAUGAUCGUUUCAAAGAAAUGUUCGCCGACGACGACUUCCAGCUUGAUGAAGAUGAUUAUGAUUACAAACAGUUGAACCCUGUCAAAUCUGCUAGGGAAACUGAGGAAGGUUCAGCUAAGCGUAUCAGAGCAUUGACUGCAGCUGAAGAAUCCGAUGAAGAAAGAAUAGCGAACCGUAGCGCUGAAGACGACGAAGAAUCCGAAUCCUCCGAAUCCGAAUCUGAGCCUGAACCGGAACUUAACGAACAGGAGACUAAGAGAUUACAGAAACAAUUAAAGAAUCAAGAGCGUAAGAGACGUGAAAAGGCUGAUGAAGAUAAAUUCAUGAGUGAGUUUAACGUUGGUGCUGCUCAAAACGAUUCUCGCCAGGUAACCUUUGAUGAAAAGGUAAAGGAACAGCGUGAGCAAGAACAAGACAAAAAAGAUGGCGGAGCCCUAUUACACCGUAACCAUCGUGGUGAAGCGGAAAUUACAUUCAUUCCUCAGAAGAACAAGCCAAGCCAGUCUAAAAAGACUUCCAAUAACAAGAAAACUGAAAGGAAUCCAAGCGAGUCUGGUAGGUCUAGGCCUCGUUAUGAGGGUAGAAGGGCUAGUAAGAAUGUUUUCAGAGGGAUGUAA